GCCGGCAGUUGCAUCGCUCUCCACAUCUUGCGGUUCGUUCUUCUACCGCGAUAGCGACUAUUACUUUUGCAUUUUGAACUGUUAUUACAAACCGCAAAACAGAAUCGAAAUGUCGGCCUUGCUCUGCCCUCGACCCCUCUUUGGAGGCGCCAUCUCUCUUGAUCUCCCCCAGAACUCUAUCGAUGCCAGCGACUUGCGUCAGAUCCCUAAUAACCAAGAAGUGUUCCUCUUCCCGCAUUCGGACACAGCCCUGGUACUUGAGAUACUUGAAAUGGUUGAAGAGGGUGGUGCGCGGGAGGAUCUUUGGGAAGCUGCAAAAUUCCACUUCAACUCGAUCGCACAUGACAAUGCCUCUCUAGACUCUACCAUCCUCACGCCUGCACCUCCUUCUCCCAUCCCUUCAGCGCCGUCUGCGUCUCCCACUAUCGCGCCCCAGGCGGUGAUACUGAGCGGUACCCAGCGUAUCCACAAAUUCUCGCACGACCCCACUGGCGCGCCCCGGCCAGGGCACGAGAAUGACGUUGCGGAUGAUGUCUGGAUAGGACUCGCCCUCUGGAGGGUGUGGGUGGAAAGCGGGAACGGGAAGAAGAAGGCGGAUGUGGUGUUGAGCGUGAAUGUGAACCUGAGCGCUGUGGACGGAAGCGGGGAGAAGGAGAGGCGGCAGGUGGAAGGGUGGUUUGGGAAAGCGGUGGAGAGUUUAAAGGUUGUGGAUUAUGGGUUAUUCGGAAAUGUUGAAUAGAGUGUGAAGAAGAAGUACUACUGUUUCUAUUAAGAAUUUUACUGUUUCCUCAACGUCGUGCAUUCAAAAUGAU